AUGGACACAUGGCUCAAAACGGGGCGAUUAUUAUCAGUAGAGAAGGCCGGUUUAACAUCUACAUGUAAAAGUCACACUUCGUCUGUUCCAUUGGAAAACUCGACUUCUCACUGUGAAGCUGCUCCUCUCCAAAAAGCUACUAUCGAAAAUGAAGCAUCUCUAACUAAGGAAUGCACUCAAAUCAAUUGUUCAAAAGUUAAAAAAAGACGAUAUGAUGAAGAAUAUUUAUCUUUUGGAUUUAUUCCCAUUGGAAUUGACACGUUUCCUGAUAUGAGGUGCGUAGUUUGUGAGAAAGUUCUCAGUAACAGUUCUUUGGCUCCUGCAAAGCUAAAGCGACAUUUGGAAUCUAACCAUCCAAAUCUGAAAGGGAAAAGUCCGGAUUUCUUUAGAAUGAAGAAAGACAUUUCAAUUGAAAGUGCGACUUCUCUUACUACCUAUGUAAAAGACGAAAAUGAGAAAAACACGGAGGCUUCAUUUAUAUUGAGUUAUAAUAUUGCACGUGCCGGAAAACCUCACACCAUUGCCGAAAGUUUGAUUAAACCUAGUAUGAUAGAAGUGGUCUCUUGUAUUCUUGGAGAUGAUGCGGGAAAAAAAGUUGCAGCAGUGCAGUGCUCAAACAAUACCAUUUCUGAUCGAAUUCAUAAAAUUUCUGACCACAUUGAAGAUGAAUUUGUUUUCAGAUUAAUUAACUGUAACCAAUUUUCUUUAUAAAUGGACGAAAGCACCGAUGUUUCUGGGUUGUCUAUACUAAUUGUUUUUGCUAGGUAUGUUCAUGAGAAAAUCAUUCAAGAAGGAUUGCUUAUUUGUGAAAGUUUGGAAACGCAUACCAAAAGAGAAGACAUUUUUGAAGUGGUAAAUAAAUACUUUAAAAAAAAAAUUUCCUGGCAAAAAUGUGUAGACGUAUGCACGGAUGGUGCUGCUGCAAUGGUUGGAAAGAUAAAGGUGUAAUAACUAGAAUUAAAGAGGUAGCUCUAAAAUGUAGUAACACCCACUGUGUUUUACAUCGCCAUGCAUUGGUAACCAAGAAACUUUCGACAGACUUUAAAUCAGCACUAGAUGUCGCUGUUCAGUGCGUGAACUUUAUAAAAUCACGCCUCUUAAAAACAAGGCUGUUCAAGAAGCUCUGUGAGGAAAUGGGGAGUGACCAUCAGAAUCUUCUUUUACAUACAGAAAUCAGGUGGUNUUUACAUACAAAAAUCAGGUGGUUGUCCAGGGGCAAAGUUUUAACAAGACUUUUUGAAUUGCGGGAUGAAGUAAAAAUUUUCCUAAAGGAGCAUACAAAAACGAAUCUUUAUGAAUGGUUUCAUGAUGACAAUUUUCUAAUAAAGCUAGCAUACCUCUCUGAUAUUUUCAACAAGUUAAACGAAACGAACUUGAGUUUACAAGGAAAAAAAACUUCGAUCUUUCAAGCCAAUGAUAAGAUUAAAGCUCUCAUUGGAAAGUUGGACUUUUGGGUCGAAUGUGUACAAGAAAAUGAUUUUUCAUGUUUCUCCAACCUGAAUAAAUUCUUAUAUGAAAAUGAAAGCUCAGUGACACCGAUAAAUGCAGAAAAAAAUAAGGCCAUUUAAUUAGUUUAAAAUCUGGAUUACUUUCCUACUUUCCAGGAUUAAAUGAAGAUUUUAAUAAUUUGUGGGUACAAAAUCCAUUUUUAAUUCAGAAAAAGCCAAAAGUACUUUCAUCAAAUUAAUACGAAAGUUUGCUUGAAAUAAAAUCUUCUUCUGAAUUGAAAAUUAAGUUCGAGUCACUUGAAAUUGAGGAGUUCUGGAUUGCCAUGGAAAGUGAUUACGAACAAUUGUCCAUAAAAGCUGUCACCAUUUUAUUGCCAUUUCCAACUUCCUACUUGUGUGAAACUGGCUUUUCAGCGUAUACAAAGACCAAGAAUAAGUUUCAAAAUCAACUGAACGCAGCUCCGGACUUACGAAUCCAACUCUCGGGAAUAACUCUAGAUUUAAAAAAGUUAUGA